AUGUAUAAAAAAUCCAUAGCUAAUUUACCUUUAAUCGAUAAAUCCCUUGUUACUGGUGAUGUUAAUUGUAGUUGUGAUGGUAAUUUAAUAGAAUGUGCUUCAAGUAAUGUUUCUCAGACUAAUGGUGAUAAUUAUGAUGAAGUUUCUAAUACUUUUGUUGGAACAAAUCAGGAUUACUCAUUUAUUCAAUUGGAUCCUUGUUUUGAAAAAAUAAGUUCUGUUAUUGGUAAAGGUAGAAAGUUAAUUCGAUGUAAAAUUUGCUUAAGAAAUCAAAAUACAGUUUUAAAACACACCAAAUUGCGCAAUAAAAUUCCUCCUAUUUGUAGUGAGGGUGGAACAGUUCCUAGAACUGCUAUUUUAGAAGCUCAUUUAAAAUCAAUUGAACACACUGAAUCUGUAAAAGUAGACCACUUACGUACUUUGGCUAAAGUUGAGCUCACUCAAUGUGCACCUUUUGAUAAAAUGUUUUUGAACCAAAAUUCUAAAAGAGCACUUCAAAUUGCUAAAUACAUGUGCACUGUUUUCAACGAUGCUAUGAGAGGAACUCUUAGCGCUUGGUCAUGGCCAUCUCGUGAAAUUGCUUUCAUGAAACGUCAAUCAUUGGAUAUAAAUAAACCUUGUGUUAAAUGUACUGUUAAUGAAGGAGACUUAUUGUAUAUUACUCCAAGUAACCAUAAAGAGAUGUUGAAUUGUAUUGUGAAUUCAGAUUUUCAACGGAUUCAAACCAAGUUAAAAACAUGCUUAGCAAUCUCACUUAGAGUUGAUGGCUCAGUAGAUAGGACACAGGUUGAUAAUAUACAUGUGAUGGCAAAAAUUAUAACUGCUGAAGCAAAUGUUGAACUUAUAUUUAUAGGAUUUGAAGAACCGGAGUCAAAAGGUGCAGGUGGUUAUUAUAAUGCAAUAAAAAAAUGUAUUGAACGUUUUAUGCCAUGGACAGAUUUUCAUAAAAUUUGUUCAUCCAUUGUAACUGAUGGAGCUUCUAUUAACACAGGUUCUAAAAAUGGCCUUUGGAGUAUGUUUAAUGUUGAUAAACAAAAUGACAAAUGUCCCCUAAUACAAAUAUGGUGUGCUGUUCAUCGCAGUGCUCUAGCAUGGGAGAAUAUGACAUCAAAUGUCAUUGAAAUAAAAAAAAUUAUUGAAUUAUGUUCAUCAAUAUCUACAUAUUUUCAUCGUUCAGGACUCCGCUCUAAAGAAUUACAACAAAUAGCAAAUGAUAAUAACAUAAGUUUUAUUAGAUUACCAAAAUAUUAUGAAGUCCGCUGGACUGAGUUCACUUAUGGUUUACUUUACGCAAUUUUAAUAAAUUGGAGAAUAUUGGUUCAUUACUUUCUCAAACAAAUCAAAGAUAAGACUGAUCAGGAACGCAUUUGUGCUGGUUAUCUGAAAUUUCUCACAGAUUUUGAUAAACUUAAAUUAUUAUGCCUUGUUACUGAUCUUGGAUACUUGUAUUCUAGAUUCCAAAAAUUAAUUCAAGGUGAUAAUAUUUUAAUGUUUGAUAUAGAAGAUCAACUUAAUCUUUUAAAAAAUAGAAUAGGGUUACUCCAAAAAUCAGCACUUCCUGGAGGUUGGUUAGAAAAAUUUAGUAAUGAGAGUAUUUGCUUUGAUGCCAGUAUUGGACAUUACAAAUUAAAUGGUAUAGAUAUAUUUAAAACAACUCAAAGUAGCAAAUCACACAGACGCAAAAUUCAUCACUUAUAUAUAAAUGACAGAAAAUCAUUUGAAGCAAUAAAAAAUGAAACAUAUGCAUCAAUUCUUAACUUUUUAGAAGAUAGAUUUAAUUCUCUAGAAUGGGAUGACUUAAAACCUUUGAAAAUAUUAAAUGAAAAUAUUUCAGACAUUCAGUUGAAAAAAUGUCAUUCCAUAAUUUGCCCUGAUUAUCCAUUGCUUAAUUUUCUUUCUUCGUAUCGUGAAGCAACAGCUAGUUGUUAUAUUGAAAAUAAAAAUAUUUCAGUUGAUUUAUUGAAAGUUGUUUUGAAAUGUGAAGACUGGGAAUCUCUUGCCAUAUCAAUAGCACGUAUUUUAGCUAUAAAACCACAUAGUGCAGAUGUAGAGAGAAUAAUAUCCUACUACAAUAUUCUCAAAGCCCACCAUAGAUCCAGCCUAGCACCUGAAACAAUUAAAAAUUGUCUCCAUGUUAAAAUAAAUAUGUGCACAUUAAGUGAAUUUGAUCCACGUGAAGCAGUUUUGUAUUGGUUAAAUUUAAAAAAAAGGCAUGACAAAGCUCAUCCGAUGGCAGAAAAACAAAGUUGGUAUCAAGGAGUAUUUUAUGAAGCUGAUUCAGAAACUUCUAUAAAUAAAUCAGAAAGUAAACAAAGUGUUCGUUUUUAA